ACCAUAAGAAGAAGUUUUAUUUUUUCAAGAUGCAUCAAGGUUAUGAUCAUCUGUUUAGAAUUAGUAUUUAUUUUGUUGUCAGCUAAUAUUAUAAUGGUGAUUGGGAUUAUUAAUUAUUAGAGCGUUUAGUUUUUUAUAUGUACUGGCAGUUACUUGCACAUUUCUUCCGAGUGGAUCGAGGAGUUGAUAUUCAACAAGUAUUUCAUUAAUGAUGCCGGUAAUUUGUAAAAUAUGUGAAAAGACGUUCGUAUCACAAAGUACUUUGAACAGGCAUUUGCAUAAAGUCCACAAAGAAACGAAGAAAAAUGUGGUCUCUUACAAUUUUGGGACUUACAAUAACAAAUGUCUGGAAAAUGGAUGUAAUACGUCAUACAAAUUCACUGCAGAACUUCGUUAUCAUUUAGAAAAUGAUCAUAAGGUAGAAAUGAAGAAGGAGUCAUUGGAGUUCCUCACAAUAGGAGAUUUCGAAGCCUGGCUCUCUGAGGUUCACAAAAAGAAUAAUGUUGGAUACUUACGCAGGGAAAUGAAAGGUAUCCUUUAUUACAAUUGCAAUAGAUCAGGUAAAUACCAGAUCAAAGGACAAGAGCGCAAAAGAGCUAUCAAAAGCCAAGGAUCCUGCAAAGUUGGCCAUAUGUGCACUAGUCAAAUUAUAGUUGUCAAGAAUGGGAAUGAUAUAUAUCAAGUGACAUACUACAGCACUCAUUAUGGUCAUGAUACUGAAGUUCAACAUGUUCGAAUGACUAAAGAUGAACGUGAGAAAAUAGCUUCGAAACUAGCUGAGGGUGUAACAAAUUCGAAAAUACUGGAUUCAAGUAGGAGCCAAUUUCAUGAGAAUAGUCUUACUAGAUUGAAUCUUCUGACUCGAAACGAUAUUAACAACAUUAAAUAUAGCUUCAAAAUUAAUACACAGAAAACCAUUCCUCACCGAAGAGCUUCCAUCAGUGACUUGUGGAAUGAUGAGUGGGAGGUAGAUGAAAACCAACAAAUCCUGAUGCUCAAGAGGCAGGGAGAAGAACAUCAUCAACUGGAAAAGGAUGAUUUUUGUUUGAUUUUCAUGAAUUGUUCACAACAACAUAUGUUGAAGAAGUUUGGAAGUACAGCCAUAGCUGUCGAUCAUUCCGACAGGCUCAGUUCAAUAUUGGUUAUUGAUGAGUUUGGGGAAGGAUUUCCUGGUGCCUGUAUGUACACAAAUAGGACUGACCGUUUUGUAUAUACCCUGUUCUUUCAAACCGUCGCAUUGUAUGUGGGCAUUCUGACUCCUAAUUUUUUUAUCUCCGAUCAAAAGCUUUGUCACUACUUCGCUUGGGAAAACGUCAUGGGGCCAGUAACAAAUCAUUUACCUUGUAAAGGACACAUUGAUCGAAGUUGGCAAAAUAAUCUGAGUAAGAUACUCAAUGUGGAUAUGAAUAAGGGUAUAACUGCUGUAUUGAAAUACAUUCGUGAUAAAACUAUAGAGAGGGUUAUCAAAUUGACGAAAGGUAAAAGUACAUCUCAGACUCAGGGUAUUCAUUCUCGUCAUCGAAAGGCACUUGAAAGUGAGUUUGCCCAUUAUUCAUGCCCCGGUACAGAGAGCUCGUGGACGUUAAUCUCCCAAAGUCAAAGUCAUGUUGUCACAAGAAACGAAGGUUACAGUUCUCCUUGCUGUCAGCUGAAGUGCAGCUAUUGUAAUGUGUGCGUUCACGCUUAUAGUUGUACUUGUCAAGACUUUUAUGUGAAUAGUACGAUGUGCUGUCAUAUUCAUUAUGUAGUUUUACGAAUAUCCGAGGCUUCCUCGCACAAUGCUCUUGCUCCAACACAUAAAGAGAAUGUCAGUUCAUUUGGUAGUGAUGAGGUUAAGGAACAUUUACAAACUUUAUCCAAUCACCGUAAAAAUGAAUGCAAUGAAGUUCCUGUGGAAAUUCAGAUAAUAGAUAUAAGUGGAAGUGAUAGUACAGUAGAAAUUGAUUCUCUCAAUAUCGUGCCCUAUGUUAUAGUUGAAAAUAAAACAAUAAAAACAAGUUAACGAAAAU